AUGUAUACCCAUGUAUACCCAUGUAAUGCCAUGUAUUACCAUGUAUUACCAUGUAUAGCCAUGUAUUGCCAUGUAUUACCAUGUAUAGCCAUGUAUUACCAUGUAUACCAAUGUAUUGCCAUGUAUUACCAAGUAUUAUUAUAAAAAAAAUAAAAUAAAAUAAAAAUAAAAAAGCACUUUAUUUGAGUGUCAAUGUAUUUAGCACGAAAGUACUAAUUGGGGACACUAUGUUUUACGUCUCCAACUGGAGACGGGACUGCCAUUUUACGUGGUCAUCCGAGCCACGCGAAGGUCUAGCCUGUUGCAGUGCAAAGGGAGUACCUUCAUUUCUCGGUUAUUUUAAGACCCUGAGUAUUGGUCCGGCCUCAGGAAUCGAACCCGCGACCUCCCGCUCUGCAGUCAACACGCUCUACCGACUGAGCUAACACUGCCGCGGUACAAUGUAUAAUAUAAUAUAUUAAUAUAUAUUACCAUGUAUUGCCAUGUAUUGCCAUGUAUACCCAUGUAUACCCAUGUAUAGCCAUGUAUUGCCAUGUACUACCAUGUAUUGCUAUGUAUUACCAUAUAUCACCAUGUAUUACCAUGUAUAGCCAUGUAUAGCCAUGUAUACCCAUGUAAUGCCAUAUAUUGCCAUGUAUUACCAUGUAGAGCCAUGUAUAGCCAUGUAAACCAAUGUUAUGCCAUGUAUUGUUAUGUAUUACCAUGUAUAGCCAUGUAUAGCCAUGUAUACCCAUGUAUACCCAUGUAAUGCCAUGUAUUGCCAUGUAUUACCAUGUAUAGCCAUGUAUUACCAUGUAUACCAAUGUAUUGCCAUGUAUUACCAAGUAUUAUUAUAAAAAAAAUAAAAUAAAAUAAAAAUAAAAAAGCACUUUAUUUGAGUGUCAAUGUAUUUAGCACGAAAGUACUAAUUGGGGACACUAUGUUUUACGUCUCCAACUGGAGACGGGACUGCCAUUUUACGUGGUCAUCCGAGCCACGCGAAGGUCUAGCCUGUUGCAGUGCAAAGGGAGUACCUUCAUUUCUCGGUUAUUUUAAGACCCUGAGUAUUGGUCCGGCCUCAGGAAUCGAACCCGCGACCUCCCGCUCUGCAGUCAACACGCUCUACCGACUGAGCUAACACUGCCGCGGUACAAUAUAUAAUAUAAUAUAUUAAUAUAUAUUACCAUGUAUUGCCAUGUAUUGCCAUGUAUACCCAUGUAUACCCAUGUAUAGCCAUGUAUUGCCAUGUACUACCAUGUAUUGCUAUGUAUUACCAUAUAUCACCAUGUAUUACCAUGUAUAGCCAUGUAUAGCCAUGUAUACCCAUGUAAUGCCAUAUAUUGCCAUGUAUUACCAUGUAGAGCCAUGUAUAGCCAUGUAAACCAAUGUUAUGCCAUGUAUUGUUAUGUAUUACCAUGUAUAGCCAUGUAUAGCCAUGUAUACCCAUGUAUACCCAUGUAAUGCCAUGUAUUGCCAUGUAUUACCAUGUAUAGUCAUGUAUUGCCAUGUAUUUCUAUGUAUAGCCAUGUAUAACCAUAUAUACCCAUGUAUUGCCAUGUAUUACCAUGUAUUACUAUGUAUUACCAGGUAUCGCCAUAUAUUACCAUGCAUACCCAUGUAUAGCCAUGUAUUGCCAUGUAUUACCAUGUAUUGCCAUGUAUUACCAUGUAUCGCCAUGUAUAGCGAUGAAUAGCCAUGUAAUGCCAUGUAUAGUCAUGUAUAGCCAUGUGUUAGCAUGUAUAGCCAUGUAUUGCCAUGUACGGCCAUGUAUUACCAUGUAUUGCCAUGUAUUGCCAUGUAUCACCAUGUAUACCAUGUAUUGCCAUGUAUAGCCAUGUAUUAACAUGCAUAGCCAUGUAUAGCCAUGUAUAGCUAUGUAGAGCCAUGUAAUGAUAUGUAUAGCCAUGUAUUACCAUGUAUUUCCAUGUAUUUGCAUGUAUUCCCGUGUAUAGCUAGGUAUUGCCAUGUAUUGCUGUGUAUAGCCAUGUAUGACCAUUUAUCGCCAUGUAUUAACAUGUAUUGCCAUGUAUUAUCAUGAGUUACCAUGUAUUACUAUGUAUUACCAUCUUUAGCCAUGUAUUACCAUAUAUAGCCAUGUAUUACCAUGUAUAGCCAUGUAUUGCCAUGUACAGUCAUGUAUUACCAUGUAUUGCCAUGUAUCACCAUGUAUAGCCAUGUAUUGCCAUGUAUAGCCAUGUAUAGCCAUGUAUUGCCAUGUAUAGCCAUGUAUAGCCAUGUAUACUCAUGUAAUGCCAUCUAUUACCAUGUAUUGCCAUGCAUAGCCAUGUAUUGCCAUGUAUUACCACGUAUAGCCAUGUAUAGCCAUGAAUACCCAUGUACAGCCAUGUAUUGCCAUGUAUUACCAUGUAUUGUUAUGUAUUACCAUGUAUCGCCAUGUAUUUUUUACCAUGUAUUGCCAUGUAUCACCAUGUAUAGCCAUGUAUUGCCAUGUAUAGCCAUGUAUAGCCAUGUAUACCCAUUUAAGGCCAUGUAUUACCAUGUAUAGCCAUGUAUUGCCAUGUAUUACCAUGUAUAGCCAUGUAUUACCAUGUUUAUCCAUGUAUAGCCAUGUAUUGCCAUGUAUUACCAUGUAUUGCUAUGUAUUACCAUGUAUCGCCAUGUAUUACCAUGUAUAGCCAUGUAUAG